GCGCGGUUUUAGACGCUGGGGGCAGUGCGCAGCCCCUUCUCCAGACUCCGGCCCAGUUUCCGCGAUCUCUACAGCAGCCUCAGAGGCCGCCCCCAGAGAGCGUCAGGAUGACUGAGGAAAAGCCUGAAAAAUUAAUUCUGGAAGAAACUGCGUUUGAAGAAAUUGAAAGGGAUUUUCAGGAGGUUCUCAAUGAACUUUCAGGAGACAAAAGUUUGGAGAAAUUUAGGAUUGAAUAUGAGAAGCUUCAUGCUGUAAUGAAAAAGUCCUAUGACAAUGAGAAGCGUCUGAUGGCCAAAUGCAGAGAGCUAAAUGCAGAGAUUGUGGUUAAUUCCGCCAAGGUUGCCACUGCCCUGAAGCUCUCUCAGGAUGAUCAGACCACCAUCGCAUCCCUCAAGAAGGAAAUCGAGAAGGCCUGGAAGAUGGUGGACUCAGCCUACGACAAGGAGCAGAAGGCAAAGGAGACGAUUCUUGCGCUGAAAGAGGAAAUAGUGAACCUAACCAAACUAGUCGAGCAAGGAUCUGGACUGUCAAUGGACCAAGAUAACAACAUCCGAGAUUUACUGAAGUUCAAAGAAGAAGUAACAAAGGAGCGAGACCAGCUCUUGACAGAAGUGGUGAAAUUACGAGAGUCUUUAGCUCAGACCACUGAACAGCAGCAAGAAACUGAGCGAUCAAGAGAAGAGGCAGAGCAGACCAUCAGUCAGUUCCAACAAGAAAUCCAGGUACGUCAGAAUGAAGCUUCGCGGGAGUAUCGAAAUAAGGAAAAACUAGAGAAAGAGCUCAAGCAGAUUCAGACGGACAUGGACACCAAGCAGACAGAAAUUAAGGCCCUGCAGCAAUACGUACAGAAGAGCAAAGAGGAGCUCCAUAGGCUGGAGCAGCAGCUGAAGGAGCAGAAGAUACUGAAUGAGAGAGCUGCAAAGGAACUCGAGCAGUUUCAGAUGAGAAAUGCUAAACUUCAGCAAGAGAAUGAACAACACAGUUUGAUUUGUGAGCAGCUAUCUCAGGAAAACCAGCAGAAGGCGUUGGAGCUCAAAGCCAGAGAGGAGGAAGUCCAUCAGAUGCGCCAUGAUAUUGCAAAGCUCAACAAAAUAAGAGAACAAAUCCAUAAGAAAUUGCACCAGACAGAAGAUCAAAAGUCUGAAGUGGAACAGCACAAAGAAACCCUAAAAAAUCAAAUCUUGGGAUUAGAGAGAGAGGUGGAAACUUCAAAGAAACAAAUAGAACUUGAUAAGAAAGCAAUGGAUGAGCUUCUGAGAGAAAGGGACAUGUUAAAUAAGAAUAUGCUUAAGGCAGUCAGUGCAACCCAGAAACAGAUAGACCUGGUGAAGCUCCAUGAACAAGCCAAGAGGAACCUGGAGGAAGAGAUCCAGAACUAUAAGGAUGAGGCUCAGAAACAGAGAAAGAUCAUCUUCCAACUGGAAAAGGAACGAGAUCGGUACAUCAACGAAGCCAGUGACCUCACCCAAAAGGUCCUCAUGAACAUGGAAGAUAUAAAAAUCCGUGAAAUGCAGAUUUUUGACUAUAGGAAAAGAAUAGCUGAAUCAGAGACUAAAUUAAAACAGCAGCAGAAUGUAUAUGAAGCUGUGAGGUCUGACAGGAAUUUAUAUAGCAAAAAUCUGGUUGAAGCUCAGGAUGAAAUUACGGAAAUGAAGAGGAAAUUAAAGAUUAUGACCCAUCAGGUAGAUCAGCUGAAAGAAGAAAUAUCUGCCAAGGAGUCAGCACUUGUGAAGCUACAUCUGGAACAGCAGCGAAUAGAAAAGGAGAAGGAAACAUUGAAGGCUGAGCUGCAGAAACUGAGACAACAAGCCCUGGAGACCAAACACUUCAUCGAAAAGCAAGAGGCUGAAGAGAGAAAACUCCUGCGCAUCAUUGCCGAGGCCGAUGGGGAGAGGCUGAGGCAGAAGAAGGAACUAGACCAGGUUAUCAGCGAGAGAGAUAUCCUGGGGUCUCAGCUGGUUCGGCGCAAUGAUGAGUUAGCUUUGCUCUAUGAGAAGAUCAAGAUCCAACAGUCCGUGCUGAACAAAGGCGAGAGCCAGUAUAACCAGAGGGUGGAGGACAUGAGAAUCCUCAAACUCGAGAUCAAGAAGCUUCGCCGGGAGAAGGGGAUUCUUGCCAGGAGUGUGGCUAAUGUGGAUGAACUCAGACAGGAGCUCUUUCACAUCCAAAGAGAAUUCUUGAAGGAGAGAACCCGGUGCCGAGCCCUGGAGGAGGAACUGGAGAACCCCAUGAAUGUGCACAGGUGGAGGAAGCUUGAGGCCAGUGACCCCAGUACCUUUGAGCUGAUACAGAAAAUUCACACCCUGCAGAAGCGUCUCAUAAGCAAGACUGAAGAGGUGGUUGAAAAAGAGCUGCUUCUUCAGGAAAAGGAGAAACUCUAUGUGGAACUAAAGCACAUCUUGGCCCGGCAACCUGGGCCCGAGGCUGCAGAACAGCUACAGCUCUACCGACACACACUGCGGGAAAAGACCAAGCAGCUCAAAGUUUUGUCUUCAGAAUUAAAUAUGUAUGAAUCACAGAGCCAAGAAUAUAAGUAUGAGAUUGAGAGACUUGCCAAUGAACUGCUGAAUAUAAAGAAGAAAUACCUCGCUCAGAAACGUAAAGAACAAAUUCAGAAAAAAGACAGAAUUUCCAUGGAUAACUCCUUCUCACUGGCUAAACCAGCUGGCCCUCGUUUUACUGGGGGUGGAUUUCCCCUCAACAAGUCAUCCAAGGUGAAGUCAUAAUUUGAAGCCCAGAGCUGGGCCCACUUGACCAGCUCAAGAAAUUUGCACUGGAACGUUUUGGAGGAAUCUGUUUCAAAUACCUUGGAUCACAGAAUUUAGGAAAAUCACUACUCAGAUUCCAGGAUGGAAAGAAAUGCAGAACUACUGUAGUAAUGUACAUAUACGAGGUCCAUAUGCAAUAUUAACAGAUUGUAAUGGUAUCUUCAAUUAAGCUGACCCAUUGCAUGGAGCAAAUCUUUUGCUACUACCACACUGAUUGAUUUGAAAUGCACCAGAUGUAGACACUCCAUAUAGAUGAAGUUUUGGAUCUGAAUUUCUCUUACAGACAUGGGUGCACCUGAAGAUUUUAUAUUUUAAAAAUGGUUUUGAAAUGCAAUGCAUCCCUUCUAACCUUAUUAAUAAGAAAUUAUUUUAAUUAUUCCUCAUUAGCAAGUCAUUGCAUGAGAUGAGAAAGGACAAAUUUUUAAGUAUUCAGAAUGUGUUUUGAGAAUGAUUUCUGUGUGGAAUUUCUUUUCAGGCCUGGGGUAGGAAAAUCUAUUCUAAAAACACAUACUAAUAAAUACUUCUUCAUAAAAAAUAAAAGAAGAAUAUUUUGUAGAGAUUUUGAUCUUUGCUUUAGUAGGGUAUGUAAUUAAAGUUUAGUAAUACUGUGAGAAAUGUUUAACAUAAGGAUUUGAUUCAAUACUGGAAAAUGAGGGGUUUGAGCAGGUAUUCUCCAAAGGUCUGUCUUUUCUAGGCCUAACAUUUGGAGAACAGAGUUAUACAGGACAGGGAUCCUUUUGACUCCCAGGCUGCAGUCAAAACACAACACAGUUAUUUGGGCUUCAGUUCAAACAUUUCUCAUUAAGUAAUACUGUGGGAGGACACUCCGGCCAUCUCACAAUACUCGACUUCUGCAGUUUUUUAAAUUAUUGAGAAGUCAGUAGCCGAGGGAUGCACAAGGACGACAUAAGUGGAUCAUUAAAACUUUCCAUUGGUCCUAAGAGACCAAGAUUCCUAUAGUGAGGAGCCAGGGUGAUAAAGACCCCAGAGGUUUCAGAUUAUGCAGGGAGGUGGGACUUCGGGGGCAUCUUCUGGGUGUUUCGCUGCUGCUCUUGAUUCACCAAAUGCUGGGCUCCUGUCCUAGAUUGUGUUCACCUGAAGCAGAUCCAAAUCAAUUAUGGCUAUGAAAGUUAGUUAUUAUGGAGUGAUCCCAGGAAAACCAGUAAGAGAGUGGGGGAAGUGCAACAGGGAAGGGAAGGAGGCCAAGGGGGCACUAUUGAGCCAAAUUCCAUGAAGGGACACUUUGGCUCCCUCCUGGAGGACAGCUCUGUACAUAGUAUAAUCCCAUCCUCAUCGGGGUGGGGGCACGGGAUUACUUCACACCCCCCACGCUGUCAGUCAUAGGCAAAGGACUACUAUGGAGGGGCUUGUCUAGCUCUCCCUACCUGCAGGCAAAGCAGGCUCGGGUAGCCUGGGGGCAGCCCUCAGGCAAAAAGACUGGCAGGUGUUGACUGUUGUACGUGAAAAUGGUUAGGAGCUUAGGGGGAGAUGGGUGGGCUGUGACAUCGUCUGCUGUGGGCCUGGUGAGAGAAUUUCUACAGGCUAAAGUUAACUUCCAUGUAGCUGGUGACUCUGGGUUGAGAUGGAAUCUUCAGCUCUCUGGAUGCCAUCCACAGGUAUGGAGGGGUAGGUACCCUAGAGAAUUUACCUAGAGCAUUUUUAAAUCUAAAGAUUCAUGUUGGGGCCAUUUCUGUUUUUGAAAAUCACUAAUAUCUUUCUGCAGAGCCAACCAUAUUCUGUUUAGACAAAAGAUUUUACAGGUAAGGUUUACCAUAUUUACAAUACUGGAGUCUUUUCCAUCCCUCCAGGGACGUUUUGAAGUAUAACUGUAGCCUGUUUCAUUUUAAGUUCUUACGACGCUUGAUAAGAGGUUCAUUUCUCAAGGGAAUUGAGGUCUGUGAUUCUUGAUCUAUCUGAGUUGCAAAGGCUCUGGUGACUGAUGCUGGAUUCAAAUCCUGGCCUGUCACAACAGUGGGUUGUUAUGAGAAUUAAAUGAGUUAGUGCAGGUAACAUGCUUAGAACAGUGUCAGGCACCUAGUAAUUGUUCAGUGAAUAUCUGCUAUUAUUAUUACAUAAGAAGAUACCUGAUGUUUUGAAAUUAGAGAAUAAAAGUUGCUAUAUAGCACUUUGUUAGUAGAUCAAGUAUAAAGGUGGUUCUAAUCUUCAUUUAGAGGGUGGAUGGCAGUAAAAUGAUGAAUCUGGAUUUGGUAAUGUAACUUAUGAUUGAGUAUCUUGUAGAAAUGCCAUACUGGGUGCCUCAUGAAAACUUCUGUAUAUUAUUCUUACAAUUGUGAUCAGUCUUCCUCCGUUUACCAAAGGGAAAGACCCUGGUGGCCUCCAGCUGCCAGUUUCUCUCCAUGUUAUGCAGCACAGCGAUCACCUUCUGCUGAGGACAGAAGUCCCAGGAGCCAAGAUCACGGAGGGCUCUGGGAGCUGAAAUGGUGCCUCUGUUAGUCUCAGUAUGAUUAUAUUCAGAAGGAAGAGCAACAAAUUUAAUGCUGGAAAAGGUGGAAGGCAGUGCUGUUGCCUCUCAUUUACUGAACAUCCUGAAAGCCCAGGGUUUUAUAAACAAUAACUAUUUAAGUGCAGGUGUUACCACCAUAGCCACAGCACAAAAAUGAGCUGUUAAAAACACUGAGAUUUGCAGAUUACUAGAGAUAACUGUGAACUCACAGUGGGUUGAGGUGCUUUUAAAAUCACAAAUUUGAGUUACAUUGUAAAACAACGUUAGGAGAUUGUACAGUAGCAUAAUUUUACCCUGGGGUUUUCAGAGUUUCAGAAAGGAGUCAUGUUACCAAACCAGCCCUUGCCUCCUGUUUCUCUGUUGAGAGAAACAGGCAUGAUUAAGGGGGAUCCUUGGUCAUUAGUUGCUGAGCAUAGCUUUUCAGCACCUGCCCUUAUUGCCACGUUUUUAUUGUGCUUACUUCUGAAGAAUUGCUUAGAGCAAAGGUUUGUGGCUGUGAUCAGCCACGGAGGCAGUGGAAGUCGUGCUAGGAGGUAGUGGCAGCAACUCUCCUUGUCAAGGGCUGUAAUUUUGCUAUAAAAAUUUAUCCAGGGUUAAUAAUUAUCAUCUGAUUUCCUGUCUUGCUCAGCAAGAUACUGAAGUGUGACCUAGGCCAAGAUACCCAUCAGAAAAUACUAUCUAAUGAAUUUUGAGCAGUUAUGGUAUUUCAGAGCCUGGAUAAUUUGAGGAAAGAUACUAUCUCUCUCUUAAAUAUAAUCAAUUAUAUGGCAAUCUAGUUGGAAAAGGAAAAAAGGGAGGACUUUUAAAAAUGUAAAAUAAUUUAAAAAUAUAUUUCACUAUUGUAGUUGGGAAAUAUUUUUAUAGCAUUAUCCAUUUUUAACUUCUAAUUCAAUAUUAUUUUAGUAUACCAUUUUUUCAUGUCUAUUAUUUAAAAGUUCUAUUAGGGUUUUGAGAGCUAUUAGAAUUUUAUAACAGAAAGAAAUGUGAUAGCAACAGGGUACCAUUUUUCUUUUCCAUAAUUAAAAAUAGAUUUUUUUUUCUUAUUUUAAAAUACCAGAUUGUAAUUGAAAAUUAGAAAGUACAGAUAAGCAAAACAAAGAUAAGGGGUAUCAAUAAGCCUACCACCAACUGCCAGCUAUUAUUUUUCUGGGGCUGACACCCAUCCCAUUCAAAGGCUUGCUGUGCCAGUUGUUCAUGCCACCAUUUGUUCUGAUUGGUUGGUGCUUGUGCUUAUCAAUUGUGGAAUAUUUUGAAUAUUGCCUUUGAGAUGCUACUGUUAUAUUUUUGAGUGCAUCUUUCUGGACCUUUAAAAAUAUAUACGUAUAUAUUUUUUAAAAAAAUCAACUUGAGAUACCAUUUACCAAUGAAAGCACAUGUUUAAAGUGGACAGUUUGCUAAGUUUUGAUAAUUUACAUGCCCAGGUAACCACUGCCACAAUCAUCACCCUCAGAAAAAUUCUCGUAUGCCCCUUUGUAGUCAGUCUCCUCAGUAGCCAUGCAGUCCCAAGCAACCAUGAAUCUGCUUUUCAUCAUAACACAUGGUUUGUCUUUCCUAGGAUUUCAUUUAAAUGGAAUCAGACAUUCUGUACUCUUUUAUGCCUAGCUUUUUUCAAUUAGCAUAAUGUUAUUGAGAUUCAUCUAUUGUAUGUGUGUGUUCAUUUUUAUUGCUGAGUAAUAUUCCAUUAUAUGGAUGCAAUGCAAUUUGUUUAUUGAUUUACCUGUUGAUAGGAAUUUAGGUUGUUUCCAGUUUUAAACUAUUUUGAAUAAAGUGGGUUUGAACAUUCAUGUACAAAUCUUUAUGGGGACAUAUAUUAUCAUUUCUCUUGGGUAAAUACUUAGGAGUGGAAUUUCUAGAUGAAGGGUAAGUGUGUUUUUAACUUGAUAAGAAACCACCAAACUGUUUUCCUAACUGAUUAUAAUACCACUUUACAUUUCUACAAAUGUGUGUGAAUUCCAGUUGUUCCAUAUCCUUGCCAAUAUUUGGAAUUGUCAAUUUUUUAAAAAGUCAUUCUAUUGGGUGUGUAAUUGCAUCAUUGUGGUUUUAAUUUAUAAUUCCUGAUGACAAAUAAUGUUAAGCACUUUUUCAUGUGUUUUGUCCAUACGUGUCUUAUUUUAAGUGCCUUCAAAUCUUUUGCCCAUUUUUAUAGAAUUAUUAAUCUUAUUAUUAUUAAGUUUUAAAAGCUUUUUCUGGGAACAAGACCUUUGUCAGAUACAUGUAUUGCAAAUAUUUUUGUUCAGUAUGUGGCUUGCCUUUUCAUUUUCUUAAUAGUGUAUUUUGAAGAGAAGAUGUUUUUUUAUUUUAAUAUGGCACAAUUUAUCCUUAUUUUUCUUAUGUGGUUUAUACUUUUUUGUUCUAAGUUUUUGCCUACUCCAAGAUUCUGAUGAAUUUUUGUCUAUAGUUUUCUCUAAGAUCAACUCUAAAUGGAUUAUAUUUAUGAUCCAUUUAGAGUUGAUCUUAUGUAUGGUGUGAGAUUAGGGUAGGGGUUCAUUUUUGCUCCAUAUGCAUAUCCAAUUGUUCAGCACCAUUUGCUGAAAAGACUAUCCUUUUCUUAUUGAAUUGCCUUGGCACAUUUAUAGAAAAUCAGUUGACUGUAUUUGAAAAGGUCUAUUUUUGAAUUCUAUAUUCUGCUGUGUAGUUCUAUGUCUAUACUAUCUUGAUAAUAUCUCUAUAGUAAAUCCUGACAUUGGGUUGUAAGGGCUCCAUCUUUUUUCUUCUUCUUUAAAAUUAUUUUUGUUAUUCUGGGUCCUUUGCAUAUGUAUAUAUAGUUUAGAAUUAGCUUGUCAAUUUCUGUAAAAAAACCUCCUAGGGUUUUGGUCGGGAUUGCAUUGGAUCUAUAGAUCUAUUUAGGGACAAUUGAGAUCUGAACAAUAUUGAGGCUUUCAAUCUGUGAACAUGGUAUAUGACCCCAUUUAUUUAGAUCUUUUAAAAUUUCUCUCCAUAGCAUUUUGUAAUUUUCAGAAUUUAUGUAUAUAGCACACAUUUUGUUACAUUUCUGACUUAAAUAUUUCACAUUUUCUCAUGCUGUUGUAAAUGGUAUUAUUUUCCAAUU